AUGAGUAGCGUCAACAAAUCAGGAACCCGGUUUACACCAAAGUUGAAUCAAAGAAGGAGAUUAAACGGUCAUGUUACUCGCUCUGUUACUUCGAAGCUGAAUAAGCAUGAUAUUGAAGCACUCGAGGAGACUACAGCAACAGUAGAACAAGAUCAAGAAAAGAUCGACAAGGUUGAAGUUGAAGACUCCGAAAAAUCUGAUCAAAAUGGUGAGACAUCAGUUCCUGUGGUGUCAAGGCAGGAUGAGCAGUCUAUUGUCGAGUCGAGAAGAGCGUCUACUACUAUAUCAAGAAGUAGUUCCAGAAGGCCAUCCAUCAGUCACAGACGACCCAGUGAAGCCAGUGUUUUAUCAAACGGGGCUGCGAGCAGAAGGUUAUCGUCUUUAUCUACGAUGAAUAACGCAAAGAUCAAGCAUGGUAUCAAGAAUAAUAGACCCAGUGUUAAUGUGCUUCCACCGCUCUUCUCUGGAAGAAGAGCGUCUGUGAACUCUACACUGAGUAUGGAGGAGUUUGUGGCUGAUAUCCAGGAAAUUCCGGGCGAAGAAGCUCAGCCUGUAAAAAUCACCAUUCCUUCAGCUGCCCCGGCAAGGAGAAGAACAAGUUCGGUGGCCCGAUUACCAAGAAAGAGAAGGUUUUCAAAGUCUGAAUCUGGUAGUCGAAUCAAAGUUCCUUCGCAGCCACAGAUUAAGAUUUCCGAGUCUCAAGAAGAAUUAAUACCUUCAAAGAAACCUAAGAUUGAGGUUGGAGAAUCUAAAAGGAAAGUUAAAAAGCAGAGAGAGCUUGAAUUGACUCCAGCAGAAUUGAAAGCAAAGGCUAAGUAUUGUUUCAACCCAAUUGAGAAUAAACUUGUGAGGAUCAGUUUGGAGAAAUCGGAUGAGGUACCGGCUGCCGAUGACGAGAGUUUAAUUAUUGAUAGUAUCUCGCAGUUAAGUGCUAUCAAAAAGAAGGAAAAUCCCAAGUUACUUGAGAAAUUUAUUAUCAAUGAAAAGAAAGUUACGUUGAAGCAGUUGUGCAAACCGUUCAUUCCUAUGGGAAGAAUAUCGAGAGAUUAUGGUCGUGCCAUUGAAGGAGACAAAUCACGUAAGAUGCGUGCGGACCAACGUCGGGUAAAACGGAAACUUGCCAAGAAGCUGAGAAUAUCUGUAAGUGAAUUGGAUGGAGAGGAAGAGUCUGAAAGAAUGAAGGAGGGAAAACAGAGAGUGAAAGAAUUACUUGAGAAAGAAGAAGAAGAAUCAGGAAGCGCAAGAAUGGUGCCUAAGUUGAUAACAGAUGAGCUAGGUAAUGUGACAUACAGUCAUGAAUCCACCUAUGUAGAUAGACAUUCUACAACUACGGCGGACAUGGAUAAAGAAAGGAUUGUGGAAAAUCCGUAUGAGAAUUUGGUGACAUCGGGGACCUAUUCGAAGCAGAGGUUUGUGGAUAAAUGGACUGCUCAAGAAACUGCAGAGUUUUACAAGGCGCUUUCAGUAUGGGGAACGGAUUUCGGAUUGAUUGCGCAGUUAUUUCCUUAUCGAAACAGAAGACAGGUAAAGUCAAAGUUUAACCAGGAAGAGAAGAGUCAUCCGCACCUAAUCGAAUUUGCACUACUAAGGAAGCUACCGGUGGAUAUUGAAGAAUAUUCAGGUAAGGCGGGCAAAGAGUUUAAGACUCUGGAUGAGUAUAAUGCUGAGUUGAAGGAUCUCAAGCUUAAACAUGAUAAGCAAUUAAAGAAAAUGGUGGACGCCAAAGAGCAGGCCAGAGUUGAGGAUCUCAACAAUGCACAAGGACAGAUUGAUGUUCCUACGAAAGCUACAGCCAAAUCAAGAAAGGCAGUGCUCUUGGAAUUUAGAAGGAACGAAGAAGUUGUUGGUACAGUCAGCCAUUAG